GGGGGAGGUUUUCUAGCUUUUUUGAAGCUUUGCGCUUGUUUUAGUGCCACUUCACUGUCACAUCAGACCCGUUACCUGUAAAUUCACGUAAAUUUGGGGAUUUACACCCUUCGUGCUGUCGAUUCCGAUCCCUGUCAUCGCUUGGGUCGUCGAUCUGAGUGACUCGAAUUCUGCCUCGAAAUUUCCACUUAUUUUCACUCCACUUCAUAGAAAUGGACAACUCCGACGUUAAAACAUCCGCGUUUGACUCACAGGGUUACAGUCCAACGUACAAAAGGAAAAGGACAGUAGAAGAUUUCAACAAGUUUUGCACAUUCGUCUUGGCCUAUGCAGGUUAUAUUCCAUAUCCACAGGAGGAGGCGCCGCUCAGGAGCAGCUCGAGUCCUCCCAACAGCACGGGUAGCACAGCCGACAGCGAUGGCCUUCCCUCUCCCGAUCAGCCUCCGCACAAAAGCCGCAAGAGCUUCAGCGGCUUCAAGAGGCCCGCGAACGACGAGCCAGAGCUCCACAAGCGGCCCAAAUCGACGGGCUUCCUCCUCGAAGGACGCAAGAAAACCGAUAAAAUGAAGAAGAAGAAAAAGAAGCAGAUGGAGAACAGCAAGUCCGACGAUUCUGGAUCUUUCCCGCCAUUUCCCUCCGGCACCAGAGCGGAGAUUUCUGCUUUCGGUUGCACCGUCAAGGAGGAACCGGAGGAUUACAUCAGCAUCUCUACGCCGCCUUCGUACGCCGAGCGCUCCGCUCACCCCGGCACCAGCUCUCCGCUCGGUUCAGGCUCUCACAGCACCGUAGGCUGUAAAAAGGAACCGGAGGCCGAGCGGGCGUGCUGGGAUUCCUCGGCCAGCUCGGGAACGGAGUCCAGAGGCGCGAGCAGGGAGAGGCUGGCGCUGCCUGAGGGAGAAGCCGUGGUCUUGAAGAUGGAGGGAUUCCCCGGCACUAGAACGGUGAUACGCCAGGGAAAGCAGGUGGUGUUCCGCGACGAAGACGGAUCCGCCGACGACGAGGACAUCAUGGUCGAUUCAGACGACGACUCGUGGGACCUGGUGACGUGUUUCUGUAUGAAGCCCUUCGCCGGCAGGGCGAUGAUCGAAUGCAACCAGUGCAACACCUGGAUUCACCUGUCCUGCGCCAAAAUCCGCAAGUCCAACGUCCCGGAGACGUACACCUGCCAGCGGUGCAAAGACUCCAAAUUUGACAUUCGGCGCUCGAACCGCUCGCGCAUGGGCUCUCGAAAGCACCUUCUGGACUGACGUCGCUCGCGCCCCUCCCCCGAGUACGAACUCUGAUCGAGACAGGAGACGAGUACAGAAGAGGAAGGGCUCUGACUGCGUUAUCAAACUUUUUUUUUUUUUCCCUUUUAUAUAUCGUCCAUCUUCCUAAUUGUUUUUUUUUUCUUUCUUUCUUUUUUUUUUUUUUUUUGCGUAAGGCAAUCAUAACCUUAGAUGAUGCAUUAAAGAGAAAAGACUCUACAGAUGACUGAAAAUGGACCCCGUGUUCUCGAAGACUUUUACGAGACACUUUCAGGAAUAGGAACGAGGAUGAUGGAUUGCACUUUUUUUCUUUUUUUCUUUUCGAAAAGGGAGAGUUUGUACCCAUAGCUUUGAAAUGUAUGUAUGUAUGUAUGUAUUUGUUCAGAGUGUUACGUUCAACUUGUUAUUUCCUUGUGGAACUUUCUGGAAUCCCAAAAUGUCUAAGGAACAUAGAGGCACUAUAGAGUUAUAGUGAAAAUACGUGGUGCAGAAUCUCUCCUUGAGUGAAUAAUCAAUGAGAAAUCCUUGUUUUUUUUUUGUUUUGUUUUUUUUCUCCCUCCUCAAAGCACUGUCCUUCAGGUUGAUUAAGUGUCAAAAAAGCAACCCAAGUGGAAAAAGAAAAAAAAAAAAAAAGUGUCUCACAUGAUGGACAUCAGAUCUGGGACGUCCUGUUUAACCCCCUCAGUGAAUUUUCUUCUUCGCUUUAUUAACAGAAAGCUCAGCGCUAACUGCCAUGCCACGCAUUUUCACAUUCAGUCUGGUUUAUUUUAUUGUGACCUUUUACGUGAGUGAUAUUUGAGACAUUUCGUCAUGGCUCCUACAUUUAUUGCCCAGAAGCAAAAACAAAGGGACUUUAUAUUUUAUUUGUCUCUGUUAAAAUUUCCAACUGCAGCUUUGUUCGUAGACGGUUCGUAGACGGCCCUGACGAUGGACAUGAAGUGAACUUGCAAAGAUUUCUUACCUUAUUCAUUUCCACUCAGAUUUUGCAUAUAUUUUCCUAGAUACUAGCUAGAUUUUAAUUCUAGAUUUUUUGCUGCGUUUGACUUGACUUGGAAAGUCUGGAAAAAAAAAAAUAGAUGCAUCCAUGAAAGCGAGCUAGCUAACAUUUGUGAAAGUAAAUACAUCAUAGCAUCAUCUCAUGAUCACUAAACAGCGAACUUUAUGGUCAGCAUUAUAGAUUCAACCUACUACCCUGGCAACGUUGAUUGAUUUUAAAGACGUCCCGAGUAGGAAUUUCCGUGUUGAAAUUCCAGUGUUUUCUGUGGUUUUUCCGUGUCGGAGGUCGGAUGCUACUAGCUUUAGUCGCACGCACAUCACUGAACAUUUCGUUCAUCAUUUUCCCAAUCUCACGUCAAUGCAACUAUUUAAAAUACUGUAGCCAGACUUUUUAUUGCACUAUGCCAUGCUAGCUAUGGCAUUCUUAAAAAUCUUUGUUUCCCUGUGCGUCUUUAAAAUAAUGAUUUUUUUUUUUCUCCACCCGUUAAAUACCACGCAUGACAUUCUAGCGCUAUGUAGCUGAAUUACGUAAAUUACCCUUGCUUAACCGUAACAUUAGCCGAGUAGCCAGUGUUGCGUUAGGUUUAAAAGCUGGAGAUUGCUACGGUAACAUCGUUCUCAUUGCUAACCACUUCAGUGUGGCGAUAACGCCUGCUGUCCUGCUCAGUGUCUUCAGCGUUUGGUUUUGAACGUGUUUACAAAUUUCUAAAAGUUUAACUGUUUUUUGUUUUUGUUUUCCCCCGCAUUUUGGAUCUUUACGCUGUCUUCACAUGUUCGUAGAACUGUCCUAUUUAUUUCCCCACUUAGUUACGAAGUGUUUACGUUUGUUCAGAAGGUAGUGAAAUACAUUUUCCUAUUGUAAAAAAAAAAAAAAAAAAAAAAAAAAAAAAGAAUGGGAGAGACAUAAUGGUCAAAGGCGCAAGUCCAAUCAGUGAUGACUGAAAAGUAUUUACGAUAAACGAUGAAAACAAAAUCAUUGUUAUUACGACGUUAUUAUGACGUUCUUGUGUCAUGGGAGAUUCUUGAACCAGUCCACGUUUCCCCCCUUCGAUCCCUGAGCUUUGUGACUCAGGAGGACUGAUUUGAGAACUGCUCCGUCACGGUACUUUUAAUAGCACGUGAAACUUAUUCUCUGUUCUAUAAGACUAUAGAAUAACCACUUUUAUAUUCUUCAUUUCUCAACCUGUGUUUUCAUUAUGUUGUACGAACAUUUCCCUUAUCGGUGCUCCCUUGUUUGUUAAAACGUUUCUGCGAUCGUCUCUUCGUACCAAGUCACGCCUGUCAGUCCUUCGGUAAGCACGUACCAGUGGAAACGUCUUUUAAAUAUCCUUUAUUUCGAUGUUCAAUGAUUAUUUAUUUGGAUAGUUUAGUUCUCUCAGGCUGUCGUUUCCAGUAGCUCGGGUGAAUGAUUGAUUGGCGAGAAUCCUUCGUUAGCAUACGAUUUUAAUACGCUUUCAGUUGCUAACCAUUUCAUCCAGCGUCACGUUUUCCUGAUAUCAAGAGUUCAAGGUUGAUUUUUUUUUUUUUCUUUCCCUUUUGUUCGUUUUGUACAAUCGGGGCGUUCUAUUUGUAUAUAAUGUCACCGGUAGUUCACGGCUGUCCUCGCGUUUCAGCUCGACUGGGAAUUUGAGGAAUUGUUAGGAAUGUUGGGAUCUCACUGUAGUAGGCUUGGAGACGGGAGCGCUGGGCCGGAGAGAGAGCGACAGAGAAAGAGAAUGAAUGUUUCUGUGAAACUGAUGUAAAUAAAGAUCUUAUGAGAAUUUAAUGGUGA